UUAUUACAACGUGAUCCUAGUCAACGACUAGGGUGUGGACCAACAGGUUCAUUGGAGAUAAAAACCCAUCCAUAUUUUGAUUAUGUUGAUUGGGAUGAUGUUUUAAACAAAAGAAUAUGUGCCCCUUACAUUCCAACUAUUGAGCAUGAGAUGGACCUUCGAAACUUUGAUGAUGUAUUUAUUACAAUGUCUCCAAAAUUAUCCUUACCUAAACGUGACGUUCCGGCCGAAAUGCAACAAUGCUUUGCUGGUUAUUCCUUUUCCGAAAAUCGCUCUGAUCGCUCUGAUUCAAGAUCUAUUAAUACAUUACGUGCUAGUAGAAGUGUUAAUCGUUCUCUUGCCGAUAUUACUUCUUUACACAGAACUAAUUCUUCCGCCACUCUUGGAUAUGAGCGUUAUGAUCAUAAUGACAACGAUUGGAAUAAUGAUUUAGAUUAUGUUUCUAAAUGUCCGACUAUUAUGAUUGGGGAUACAAAGUAUC